AAAGACCCCAAUUCUACAGUAACACCCCAUUCAACUUCAACCCCUAAACCCCAAAAUUUCUGGGCCCCGCUCCUACAAAAACCAGCUGUUAUUCUCUCCCCCCAUUUCUUCAUCCUUCAACUUCUUUGCUUUGGCAAGAUCUGAUGAAUGAUUAGGAAAUGGGGAAGAAAGGGAAUUGGUUUUCUGCAGUAAAGAAAGCUCUAAGCCCUGAACCCAAGGAGAAGAAAGAUAAGACAACCCCUAAAUCGAAGAAAAAAUGGUUUGGGAAACACAAGAACCUGGAUCCGGUUUCUUCAUCCACAGAAAAUGCAAUGCCUCUACCUGCCCCUGCACCUCCUAUAGAGGAUGUGAAAUUAACAGAAGCUGAGAAUGAACAGAGCAAGCAUGCUUACUCGGUGGCGCUUGCCACUGCUGUGGCUGCAGAGGCAGCUGUUGCAGCAGCACAUGCUGCUGCAGAGGUUGUUCGACUCACGACCGUGACCCGUUUCUCAGGCAAAUCGAAAGAGGAAGUAGCGGCUAUCAAAAUUCAAACAGCUUUUCGUGGUUACUUGGCAAGGAGGGCUUUGCGGGCUCUGAGGGGCUUAGUGAGGUUGAAAUCAUUGAUCCAAGGACAAUCUGUUAAACGCCAAGCAACAACCACCUUACGGUGCAUGCAGACUCUUGCUCGUGUGCAGUCUCAGAUUCGUGCAAGGAGGAUUAGAAUGUCAGAGGAGAACUUGGCUCUCCAGCGGCAACUCCAAUUGAAGCGCGACAAAGAGCUUGAGAAACUGAGAGCUUCUAUGGGAGAUGAUUGGGAUGAUAGUGUACAAUCCAAGGAGCAAAUUGAAGCAAACUUACAGAGCAAGCAAGAGGCUGCAGUGAGAAGAGAAAGGGCAUUGGCUUAUGCAUUUUCGCAUCAGCAAACGUGGAAGAACUCUUCAAAACCUGCAAACCCAACAUUUAUGGAUCCAAACAAUCCUCACUGGGGGUGGAGUUGGUUAGAGCGAUGGAUGGCAGCCCGGCCAUGGGAGAGCCGCAGUGCAAUGGAAAAGGAACUUAACAGUGAUCAUGCCUCAUUGAAAAGCACAGCAAGCCGUGCCUUCUCUAUUGGAGAAAUCAGCAAAGCUUAUGCACGUCGGGACCUCAACCUUGAUAAGAAACCUUCCCCAACUGCCCAAAAACCAAGUCGUCCUCCCAGCCGGCAAUCCCCUUCAACUCCUCCUUCCAAGGCACAGUCUUCAUCAUCAGUAACUGGGAAAACAAAGCCAGCGAGCCCAAAGGGAAGUGGUUGGGGUGCAGAUGAUGACUCGAGGAGCAUGCUCAGCAUCCAGUCUGAGCGGUACAGGAGGCAUAGCAUUGCAGGGUCAUCAGUAAGAGACGAUGAGAGCCUUGCAAGCUCACCUGCAGUUCCAAGCUACAUGGCAUCAACGGAGUCGACAAGGGCUAGAUCCCGAUUGCCAAGCCCGUUGGGUCUAGAGAAGAAUGGGACACCAGAAAAGGCAUCAGGGAGUUCUGCAAAGAAACGUCUCUCAUUCCCAGCCUCCCCAGUUGGGCCCAGAAGGCAUUCUGGUCCUCCCAGGGUGGAAACGAGCUCCAUCAAGGCCAUUUCCCCUGCACACAGAGGCUAGCAAUGGAGGGAGCAGGUAGUGAGACAGGUAUCUGCAGAAGGUGCAAAUGAAGAAGAUUGAAUAAUUUAGAGUUCAUGGCUGAGAUCUUUGAUCAUCAUCUUCUUCAGUAACUGCUAUUGUAGAUGUGCAAAGGAAGAUGAUUCGUUGAAUGAAUAAAAGAGGGGUUUAUCGGGUUUAUGAAUUUAACUGUUGCCGUCUUUUUCAUUGUCCUCUUCAUCAUCAUCAUCAUUCUCUUCAUCAUCAUCAUCAGCGUCCUCGUCAACAACUACUGCUCUUGUUAGAGAUGUCAUUUAUUAUGUAGUUGGGAUUGGUUUGGCGUGCAGUUAGUAUUUAACAGUUGAUUAUUGGUUUCGGGUUCUGAAGGUUGUUUCUAUUUCUUUCUCUCUUCUUCAGGUAGUCUGGGUUCUCAUUGUGAUUCUUAUUUCCCUUGUUUCUUUUCAAUGGAAGAAAUUCAUUUGUUCUUAUGGA